AUGGAAAAAGGCGAGCAGCUGCUGCCGCCGUACUCGGCCACCGUCCCCCCACCGCCUCCUCCUCAGUGGACCCGUCGUCAUGGCCCUCGAAGCUUCCACAGUCUGCGUCGUCGCGGCCGAUUUCUGCGUCUGGCCGGCCUGGCCUGUCUGCUCUACAUCGGUUACGCACAGUGGACGCAGCUGAAGCGUGGGAGCCCUGUUGAUGACGGCCCGACGGCCGGUCUGUCGCUCGAGAAGCUGCAGGAGGACGUGGCCACGUGUGCGGCCCUGCACAGCAUUCCGAGCGAUGCAGAGGGACUCGGCCGAGCCACGAACGCGCGCUAUCUGGAUGGUCAGCGCCCCGUGCUGAUUCGCAAUGCCACUGUCUGGGUAGGCGAGCCGGUUGCCGGCACCACGGCCGAGGAGGCGCGCGCCGGAAAGGGCUUCCAGUGGAUCACGGCCGACGUGCUGCUAGAGAACGGCCUGAUCCAGCAGGUGGCUCCGGCAAUCGGCCAGGACGCCCUGCCGGCGUCAACUGUGGUGUGGGACGCGCGAGGCCGCCAGCUGACGGCCGGUAUCAUCGACAUGCACAGCCACGCCGGCCUGGACUCACUGCCGGAACUAGACGGCAACGAGGACACCAACGAGAUAUCGUCGGACAUCACACCGUACGUACGGGCAAUCGACGGUAUCCAGCCACAGGACCACCAGAUCCAGGUGACCAAGUCCGGCGGCGUCACCACGUCGCUCGUGCUGCCCGGUUCCGGCAACAACAUCGGCGGAGAGGCUUACGUAAUCAAACACGCAGUCGACCGCCACGACGGACGGCCGGAGCUGAGCAUCGCCUCGCUGCUGGCGGCACCCGAUGCACCCGGUCUGCGCUACAUCAAGAUGGCCUGUGGCGAGAACGCGAAGCGGGUGUACGGCAAGGUUGGUGAGCGCGGCCCUUACAGCCGUCUCGGCGAGAGCUGGGAGUUCCGGCACGCCUUUGAGCAGGCCGCGGCCCUCGUGCAGGCCCAAGACGACUGGUGCUCCACGGCCGAGGCAGCGGCGGCUCAGUCCAACGCCACGCUGCACCACACCGUCUCGGCUUACCUGCCACGCGACCUGAAGUGGGACACGCUGGCGGCGGUGCUUCGUGGCCAAGUCCGCGUCAACACGCACUGCUACACCGUGCCCGACCUUGAGGCCUUUGUCGACCACACCAACGAGUUCCGCUUCCCUGUCUGGGCCUUCCACCACGCUCACCAGACAUUCCUCGUUCCCGAGAUCCUCAAGCGUGCCUGGGGUGCCGACCGCUUUGGUCCUCCGGCCUCGGCCAUGUUUGCCGACAACAUGUACUACAAGGCCGAGUCCUACGUGGCUUCCGAGUUCGCCGGCAAGAUCCUUUACGACAACGGCCUGACGCCCAUCUACGUCAGCGACAACCCGGUCCUCAACGCCCAGCACGUGCUCUUCGAAGCUGCCAAGGCCUACCAUUACGGCCUGCCCUACCAUGCCGCCCUAGCCUCGGUCACGACGGCACCAGCUGCACGUCUGGGUCUUGGCCAGCGUCUGGGCCGCGUCAAGCCGGGCUUUGAUGCUGACAUUGUCGUCUGGGACAGCGAUCCGCUCAGCGUUGGUGCCACGCCGGUGCAGGUGUGGAUCGACGGUGUGGUGCAGUUUGAAGACCCCGUGGAGCUGAGCAAGCCGGCCAGCCAGCCGGUCGUUCCGGACGAGAAGCUCGCCCUGAAGAGCCAGGAGGCACCCGUCGAUGUGGGCGGCGACGUGGUGUUCACGGGUGUGGCCAAAGUGCUGCUGCCGGGGUUCGAGGAGGAAGUGACGCAGGAGUCUACGGCCGGACUCAACGUUGCCGUGUCUGGCGGCCGUGUGACGUGUGUGGGUGCCUGCUCGGAGGAGCUGCGGAUGGCGCGUGAAGGCAGCCGGGUGGUGUCACUGCAGAACGGAUACGUGACGGCAGCCUUUACGGCGUUUGCAUCGAAGCUGGGCCUGUUGCAGAUCGACGCGGAGAAGACGACGGACAACGGGGCCAGCGGCGGUGUCUUCAGUCGGGCCAUUGACGGUCUUGCCCUGGGGGGCAAGAAGCUGGACGCAGCCCAGCGCUACGGCGUGACGCGAGCGAUUUCGGCACCAGAGCAGGGCGGCGCCUUUACGCACUUUGGCACCAGCGCGGGCUUCCUGACGGGCGGCGGCCCGACGACUCUCGACGACGGUGUCGUCUUUGCCUCGGAUGCUGCUGUUCACUACACAUUGGGCCAAGCCGGCAAGACGCAAGCCGGCGGCACGCCGUCACUGUCGUCGGCUGUCGGUGCUCUUCGGAACAAGCUGCUCAAGGCGGUGGCAGCCAGCAGCAGCAGCAGCAGCAGCAGCAGUGCGACCGAGCCGUUUUCUGAGGCUGCCUAUCUGCAACAGGUUGUGGCUGGCUCGCUAUCGCUAGCCGUCACGACACACAGCGCCGACUCGAUUGCAGCGAUCCUGCGAGUGAAGAAGGAGGUGGAGGCAGCAGCAGCGGCUGCGUCGGCACCGGCCAAGAUCCGGCUUGUGAUUGUCGGCGGCGCCGAGUCGUUCCUGCUGGCGGAUCAGCUGGCGGCAGCAGACGUCGGCGUGGUGCUGGCACCUCUGCAGUCGUAUCGCACAGGGUGGGACGAGCGGCGGGCGUUGACGGGGGCGCCACUGACCAACGGCACGGCGAUCGACGUGCUGGUGGACGCGGGGGUGGUGGUGGCCAUUGGGCUCGAAGAGGACUGGUUGGUGCGCGACCUGGCUCUGCUGGCCGGCAUUGCUUACAAGAACGGCGGUGGACGGCUGACGGAGAAGACGGCGCUGGACCUGAUUUCGACCAACAUCUACAAGAUGUUGCAGCUGGGGGGCAAGCAGCAGAGCGGCGACGAUAGCAACCACUUUGUCGUGUACGAGGGCAGCCCGCUGGAGAUUGGAUCCAAGAUCCGGGCCGUCGCAGGGGGCCUUGGCAAGACUACGGUUUUUGAGUAG